UUUCCGAAACUUUACCAUAAACCCUUUAAAUAAAUUCCUCCUCUUCCUCGAACCCUCUCGCCUCCGAUUCCGAACUCGCGCUCUCCUCCUCUCUCCGCGUUGCUCUCUCUCUCCUCGCGCUCGCCUCCUAUCGAUUCUCUAAGCAGGAAUUUCUCUCUAAAAGAUGUAUCUUCAGUUCUACAUCAAUGAAAACGGGGACAAGGUCUACACAACAAAGAAAGAAUCUCCUCUCGGGGUGGCAACACAAUCUGCUCACCCAGCUCGCUUCUCCCCUGAUGACAAGUACUCUAAAGAGCGGUAUCUUUUGAAGAAGCGGUUCGGGUUGCUCCCUACCCAGAAGCCACCUCCCAAGUACUGAGGAAAUUUGCAGUACUAUGCUCCUAGUUUGAUGCAGAGUUAUUUGGUAUUUUGAAGCAAAUGAUGUGUUGAAUUGAAGAUUAUAUCAGUCAUAGCUAGUAGUGAUCUGGUGUGGUUAUUUUGUCGUAAUCGGAGAGAUAGCUUUGUGCUGAUGAAUUUGGUCGUAGCGUGCUUUUGUGAGAUGAAAUUGUGGCUCUUAUAAGCAGUGCUUUUGUGGAAGUCGUUAUUGAUUAGAACUUAAAAGCAGUAGAUACCUUCUGUUCUCCUCUUCUAUUUUUUUAUUGGUAGAUAGAUAUCUAUUGGAUCACGGCGUGUAGUACUUUGAGAAACCUUGCAGAUGUGAACGAUCUCCCUUUCUAUUGCUA